UGCUCAGUAAACAUUUUGUUUUCCCCUGUGUAGACUAUAUUUGGGCUUUAAUGGCACAAUAUUAAUGAAUUACACAAAAGAAAAUUAUGACACAUGAAGAUAGAAAAAUACAAACAUUAAGUAUGCUGUAAAGUGCUAAAAGAUGUACUGCUAAUAAACCAUCAUGAAUUUAUUUUUGCACAAACAACAUAAUUUGGAUAAAAGCUAAGAUAAAUAUAGACAUCACUGUUUAUGUUUCUGCAAAAAAAAAACAGAUAUUUAUUGGUAAUUUGCUUUUUGUAUUUUAAGAUUUAUGUGAUAAAUUGCCUAGUUGUUUAUCUUUUAGCAGUGCUUAGAUCAUUUUUUUACUCUUAUUAACGUGUGCAAUGUGUCUCGUGAAGUUUCCAGAAAAUAAAGCAAACUCCACCCUGUAGGAGGCGCUGUGUUAAAAACACUUGGGUCCUAACAGCAGCAGAAAAAUAGCAAAACAAAAAAAAAUAAAAUAAUAAAAAAUAUAUUAAAGAAAUAAAAUAAAUAAUAAGUAGAGUUGAAUUAUUUGCGUACUUUAAAACCUUUUCUACUUUAUAAAUUUACUGUCGUCUUUUUUUGUCUUUGUUUUUCUGGCUUCCUCAUACUUUAGUUACGUUCCUACGGCAACCCCACAAAGCUUCCUCCGAGAGGAUCAUGGGAAAAAAAUCUGAAAAACCGAGCGGAGGGAGUUUCGAACUAUUUUGUGAUUAUCUACAGAAAAAUAGCAUUUUGGGUCUAUACAUUACCACUAUCGCAACGGACGGGUUUGCAUGAAGCUUCUAUUCCUGAAUGCACUCUGGGAGAGAACUACUUCGAUCUGAGAGAACAACCUUUGAACGAUGGAGCUGAAACUGGAGGUUCUUCUGUCAUCAAGCAUUAAACGAAAGAAACCAUGGCCACGAUUCUGCUGGCUUGGGCAGCACCGAAACUUCAUCCUUUGCUCAACAGUGUGGUGACAAUGGCAUCCUCUUCAAACGGAUUGUGGCUUUGCGGGCUUCUUGUGUCAGGAGAAUUGUUUCUGUGGAACAGAGAUAAGGAUUUGUUGAAGACUGCCACAGCGGUCCCUGAAGUAGUUCAGAUAAUCACUUCAUCUCAAGGCACAUCGACAAAGCUUUCUCUCCAAGUUUCAUGUGACGGGAUGCGUGUCCUCCUGUCAGCCACGAGUGGCAAAGUGUUUCUGUGGGAGUGUGUGGAUUCCAGGGUUUUGGCAUUCCUGCGGGACGGCCCCGUUAAAGGACACUGGGUGCUCAUACAGCCUCUUGCAGAAACCAUCUUGCCUUCUCAUGGAGAUAAAGAAGCAUCUCAGAUUGCCAUCUUUGUCAAAACUGAGGUUAUAGGUGAUGCUUGUUUAUCAGCGUUUGUUUUCACAUCUGGAGAGAACCUCAUCACUACUAUGCUUAAAAUUCAGUGGAAAGAAGGUCAAUCCGUGGGCUUUGUUCGUUACAGUGUACAUUGGGUCACCAAGAAGUACCCUAUGCCCCGUCUAACCCCUCCAUGUCAGCCAGUGAAAUCCAGAGGGGCUUUAGUUCCUUCCUUCUCCCCAGAUGGCCUGCUUUUAGCCAUCGCCCUGAACCAGAGAAAACCUCAGGCUACGCAGGUACUUUUUGUGAGCACACAGAAUUUCAUCUCUGUAUCGAGUAGUCUUGGGGGAUGUGGGUGCAAGAAAGUGGACAUCCCUUCUAAGUAUAUAAGGUCUUAUUGGGUGGGAAGUGUCAGCUGGUCACCUGGAGGGCUUUUUUUAGCCUGCAUGUUGAAAAGAGGCUCUCUUCUUAUGGUGGUUCGUCUUGGGGGGCUUCUCUCUCUGACAAGCUCCGGCUGCAGCGUUGACUUCGGUCCUGCACACUUUCUGCCCUUACACCCUCUGGUCACUUACAGGCCGCCAGUGUCUGUGGGUAAAGGUGAAGCAUCUCUGUCGAGCUCCAGCAUGUCCGUGCGCGACCUCCUGAGGCAGCGGUAUUCUGUGACCUGGCAUCCACGCCUGUUUUAUCUCAUCGUAUCUGAUGGUUACAUGGCCACAGUUAUGAGGGUGUCAGACCGGCCUUCUCCUGCCCUGGUGCUGAAAGCACUCCUGAAGGACAUAUGCAAAGAUCUUGAGGCAACCACCUGCAAACUAGAUCAAUCAAAGGUUCACGUGAAGGCGUGGCUGGACUCUGUUUGUAGCUGGAAUCUGGACAGCAGCUUCGAGGAGCUCAAAGCCACGUUCACACAACGGCCAAGCAUGACAGACUCCAUCAUUUCAGAAGCCACCACUGGAUCUAGGCUGCCGCUCUUCUUGCAGAACCAGUCAGGAUCGGGCGGUACUAUGGAGCUUCUAGCAAGCAUGCAGGCUUUUUUUGAGGAGGAGUCUGAUUUAGAUGGAAUUCCUGCUGGUUCUCACAACCGGGACAGAGGUUGUUUGGAGUUUGCUUCAAUGUUUGAUACUCUCCAUGCCCACAGUAGUGACAAAACCAUUUCAGGGCAAGUUUAUGACCAAGAUGAUGAGGAAAUGGAAAAGAACUCACUUUGUCGUGAAGUUGGGGAGAUCCAUAGUAGGCUGCUAACACUGUGGGCUUUUGGCUUGUCGCUGGGAGAUGCUGUGGAGCACAGAGCUCACAUGUUAAAGCAUUUGCUUUGCUGUGUGGUUCAGUUUGCAGCUUUACUCCACUUGAUGCCCAACUCCACCAGAAGUGGAGAAAGUAAUCCCUUGGCUUUCACUCGCCUCCUGAACCUCAUCAAAGCUCUUUUAUCUUUCCUAUCUUGGGAUAAUAGUCCCUCAGAUGGACCGGAUUGCUUGAAGCUGGUGGUGGAGUUCAGUAAAUGGAUUGUACGUCUUCUGCUGAACCCCCACCCUGACUCCCACCUGACUGGCUCCUGUCGGGUUUCUUCCCACAGUCUGUCCAGAAUCGUUUUUCUUGUUCGGACGAUCUCUGACUCUCUUGACACAACUUACACUUCAGAGCAGAAAGCUGUCUGGUCUUCAGAGGAGGAAUCCACAUCUCAGCCACAGGUCUGGCUUUCAGAUGAAUAUCACAUUACUUUCCUGGAGGAGGAAACGUCUUCUCAAUCUGUUAAAUCAAAACCUUCCAUCAGACUUUUGGGAGUGUGGCAGCUCUUGUAUGAUGUCAUCCAAAAGUACGCUGACGAACUGAAGGCCGUUCAAAGCUGUAAUGGUUUAGAGGAGGAAAAGCAAAAGCUGGCUGUCAUUAUGUCUCAGGUCCAAUCAUCUAUGCAGGAAACAGGAGAAAAGCUGGAGGAGGGCCCUGCACUGCUGAACUGUCAAGGUGAACAUCUCUUCCUGUGUGGCUCCUAUCACAUGAGUGCUCAUACAUGGCGAGUGCAAAUCUGUCAGGAGAUCAACAAAAGCUCUUAUCGCAGUGUCUUUCUACAGACACGGCUUUGUCUGGCCCUCCUUUAUAGUCUGCUGUCACAGUACCACCUGAGAGAAGCACAAGAGAUGGGGGACCACAUGGCCCAGCUGAUUCUGCUCAGAUCUGGACUCCAGAAGACUCAUGUAGCAGCUGAUUCGCUUCCUUGCCGAUGGAUGCCAACUGACCUUCACAGCGACGCGGCCUCUGCGGUGGUUCAAACCCUCGGGAGAUUCAUGGCUUCCUACUUCACCAAUCAGCCUCUCUUCAUUCUGCCUGCUCACAAUGUGGCUGUCCUCCCCCCUCUCCAUCUCCCUCAUGGCCCAAAUGUUGGGCGUUUGGUGCCGCUCUGCCAGGAGGAGGUGGCCAGAGCGGUCCGACAGCAACAUCUGUCAGAAGUUUGGACAGUGGACUAUGCCCAGGAUCUGCUCCUGCUGGGGGGGCUGCUCCCUGAGGCUGUGUGGACGGCGUAUCAUCUGGGAGACUGGAAGACCGCCGUGUCUCUGAGCCUGGCUUACACCAGCUUUGGAUCGGAAAAAUUCAAAUUCAGUCGGCUCAGGAGGAAAGAGUUCCAUCUGCCGAAAGCUUUGACACCAGAGAGCAUUUUUCAGGCUGAGCUGGAGUGUCUUCUCAAAUCGAACUCUCAGGGACACACAAGUAACGACGAUGAGAAAAGCUUUACAGAACCUUUGGAAGGAGAAGACUGGGACUUAUUACAAACUUCCAUACAAGAGAUUCUGAAGGCUUCAGUCAUGGCAGGAGUGAAUGUCAUUUCCAGCUUCCUGUCUUCCCUGAUGGACGCAGCCAAAGACAUGUGCUCCUCUCUGCCUGCUUUGGUGCCUGCUGGGCUGUACCUGCCCUCCCCACCUCUGUACUGCCCACAGCCCUCUCCCAACACACAGGACCGAAAGGGAACAAUGGAGCAACUUCCAGAGGUUGCUUGUCGCCAUAAAGUGUCCGGGAUUCUCCAAAGACUUUUGCUGCUCUUGAGAUCUGGUGGUUGUUGCCAUCCUGCUGCCCAGUGGUACAUCAGUCGGCUGAGCCGUGUCAGACACAUCCUUUACAAGAUCAAAAAGAAGUAUGCAUAUCCCUCUGCUGCGAUGGAGGAGAAGAGUUUUCCAGAGGAGCUGGUGAAGCUGAUAUCUCAUGGUGGACACUUCAAAAGAAGAGCCAAAAAAGAAAAUCAGCUGGGCACCGACACUAUUCAUACUAUUGACUGUUUCAGGGAGCUGUGUGCUUUAUGCUGGAUGCUUCAUGUUAGAGAUCAGCUGUCCAUUCACUGCAGAAGGUAUCAGGUUACCAGACGGCGUGAUGGAGAUGAGCAGUCGGACUUAGAUUCAGUGUGUGUGGACGCUCUCCUCUGGGCCCGGCGUCUUCUGCCCUUCUCUCACUUCCUCAAUGCGGAGGAAAUCCUUCAGGACAUUGUGCUCAGCCUCACCUCGGACCUACCUCCGCUUUCUAUGGUGGCGGACACACUUGUGGAAACCUUCCCAGAGGGGGAGGAGUCUGUCAGCGUACCUCUGAGGGAGAAGUACAACUCUCUGCUGCAGAGACUGACCCAGUGCACCGUUCUUGAUGGAGUUGAAGAGGAAGCUAACGCGCCGAUGAUGAGUUUGAUUCAAAAUAAACUCAGACAAAGAAGGAAACACCUGAAGCGGCUGCAGAGACACCUGGUUCCUCCUGUGCUCCAUUUGUGGGACAAAGAGGAUGACAUAGAGAGUAAAAGCGCCACACCGGGGCAGCCAGCUGUGGGUACCGGCGCCCUCAGUGACUGCGGGUUCCAGUCAGCGUGCAGUGAUGCUGACGCAGUGGACAAAACAUCCAAUGCAAACUUGUCUAAACAGCAUUCCAGAUCCAGAAGCAAAAAGGCAAAGAAGAAAACAGGGAAAAUGAAGAUGGAUGUUAGGACCCGAAGUGCUCAAAGUCAGGAUCUCAGACAAGCCGAGAAGAAGGAGCAUCUACUCCAACCAGCUGUUGGCUCCUGGGAGUUUGAGCUGGAAGACGAGGAGUAUCUGCAUUUUCUGGAGCUCUUUCUUAGUUACGUUUUAGAGAAGGGUAGCAGUCACGGAGUGGACUCUGGCAGUGAGCUACCUUUGCUGAAGAGCUUCUGCUCGGAGCUGAGGGAGAAGGAGCUGCACUCUCUGAGUUUUGAUGUUCUCACCACCAUUCAUCGGCGUCUAAAGGAGAAGCACCAUCCGGAGAGGAAGCACUCGGGGAGUGAUGCUCCGCUGUUCAGAGCUGGAGCUUGCUACAGGCCUCUGAGGGAAAGUCCUGAGCUGCACGCGUCAUCUUUGUGGAGUGAAGCUCCUGUAUCCAGAGACUGUCUCUCUGUCAGUUCUCUUUUUGAUCAGAGAAAUCAAAAACAGAGAGGCCUGUUUGGUCUCCAGAAGCAAAACUCCACGUCUAUUAGGAGGGUGGAUGGAUCAGUUCUUAGUUCUGAGGCGAGCCCUGUUCAGAACACUUCCACAGCAGAUCAGCUCACUGAAAACUUCCCACUUGGUUCUUCAGCAUCUAUCCAGGCUGUCCCCGACUUACAGCAGGGUCUGGAUCCCACACUGGAGGCUCGGUUUCCGACGCUCGGCAGGCUGCUGGAGUGGAUGGUGCGGUGGGCGGACAGAAGAGCGCCGUUUGGACUCCACGACAGAAAGAAGAAGGAAAAGGGGAGCUCAGGAGGAGGAGACGGAGUUAUGAUUCGUGUCAGGGCCUCUGCUCCUGCCGUUCUCACCGCCCUGAGUUUGUUGGAGUUGAAAUACAGCGCAGUGCUGGGGACCGACCGUUACUCCGCCCACAUCCAAGUUCCAGAGGUGCAGCUGACUGUGUCCCCUGUGCUGCAGCCGGGGGCGGAGAGGAAGCUUGAGAGGGAGAGCAGCGUGGAUACGGGCUACCCCGGAUCAGCCCACACGGCUCCAGAUCAGGAUUUACAUCAAGAACACAUCAGCGAUAGUCCUCAUACAGAUGAACCAGAGGAGCUUCCAACAUUUCAGACGAACCCUCCGCCUGCUGACCAGGUUCCUGCCAGUUCACCACAAGUCACCUUUGAUGACUUCAAUCUCACACCUGAAAAAGAAGACAAAGGCUGUGACAGUGACGGUUUGGGCUUGCCAUCAUCCAGUCCCAGAGAAGACGUCACUGCAAACAGCUUUUCUCCUGAAACUAGUUUAAAACUGGCAGACUUGGACUUGUCAGGAAAAGCUGAAGAAGUUCCCAGUUCCUCCUUUUCCUCUGGACGCCCAGAACCACAACCUAGCAGCCUGCCUCAGACUCUACCUGAUUCAGACAGCCCGCAGCGCUCAGACACAGUGACUGAUCCCCCAAAACUCCAGCCUCAAACCCCCACAGCUGAGGAACCCACUGUUGAUUCUGCACCUUUAAGUCAGACGUCCCCCAUGAGACAGCUUCUGGGUCAAGACCUAUUCAGACUGGUUCAGCACAUCAACUACUUGAGUCUGAGGGAGGUUAUUGGAGCUUCAUUUUCCAACUUACAACUUACCCAGCAACCGUCUUCUGUGACCCAGCCUGACAUGACCUGCUUACUCCCUGAUGUAACAUCAUCUGCUGCCAGAUUUAUCCCCGACCGGGAUGCAUCACCUAAUCAAUCUGGAGUCUCUGCAGCAGUUCAGACACCUGUGCCAAAGCCAGGCUUCAAGUUUAAUGAUGCUGGAUGUCAGUUUGCAGCACAGACGGCCAAAGCCUCCUCCGCAGCCAGCCAGCAUCAGCCCGACAUAAAUCCACAGUCCAACGUCUGCAUUAGGGGUGCUGAAUAUCAGGAAAUGCAGCCACUUUCUGUGCAAGCAGAGUCUCCAGAUGUUCAGCAGCUAAUCCCUUCUUCACAGGGACUCCUGGCCACCACCGACACCAAUCACGCCGUUCAGAGCACACCUUUACCCCUGACCUCUCAUGGUGGCGUCCAGAAUGACUCUGCUCCUCCAGUGUUGGGCUUGAGGUUAUUAAAAUUCUCCAGCCCUCUACUGUCCCAACACAAUCCACCUGCACCUCAACCACACCCACGCCCCUCUGCAAACCAGGAAAUUCACACAUCUUUUCAGGCAAAGUCUAAACUUGACUUUAGCAAAGGAAAGGAAGACAGAAAUAAAUUUUCAUCUCCAAUAACACGUCCGUACGAUUCAACUCCCAGGACUUCUCAUCCUCAAAUCUGGCCUUCAGGACAGUCUUCAAGUUCCCCUCAGCUUCCUCCUGCUCAAACACCUUCACCAUUUCAGGGCCUUCGCCUGCUACAGCUCCAGCCACCUCCACAAAACAACAUCACCUUCCCUAAGUUGCCACCUACAUCAUUUUCUAGACCUUCUGCAGCCAUUCCAGUUCCAGUGAUGGAAACCCCUCCCAUCAAGCUUCUGCAGAUUAACUUUGGGCCCAAAGUGAUGGUGCCCCCAUCAGUUCCCUCAACCCACGUGACCCGUCUGAUGUCUAUGAAGGAGCUGCAGAACUCAAGAAUUGGCCAACAGGAAGUGGAAAAAACUCCACUUCAAUUGCUCAGAGUUCAACAAUCUUCGGAAAAGUUGACCACCUCAUCAGGCUGUGCUUCAAACAAAAGGCAUAAAAGAAGAGAGGAAAAGGCAAAGGGAGGAAAAUCUGAGGUCACGUUUAGACCAAAUGAGUCCAUCAUCCCUCCUCAAGAGACUCCAGCCAUGCCUGCAAGUGAGGAACCUGUGAUUGUGGAAAAAAUCCCACCUGAUCAGGACAUCCCAGAACCCUCGGUUGACUCCUUCACUGGUCAGAAAUUGUUGGAUAAGAUCUUUUCCACUUCAGCUGAGCUUCACGCCAUGGCGUCUACAAGUAAGCGUCCGCCGGAGUGUUACGAUGCUUCCACCAACACAGACUCCGAUUGUGCCCUAAAACUUGUGGAUAAAGGUGUAUCUGCACAAGCCUCUGUGAUAACUGCAACAAGUUCAGCAAAUGUCCAGAUUUCUUAUGACGAUCCUUUUCAAGCUGGAGAGCAGGAACCAUUGCAACCAGAGAAACACACUAGUCCACCUGGCCGCCAAUUUCUAAGCGUUUUAGAUUUAAAAGGGGAAGACGGAUCACCACAUUCCGACCCACAAAUGCAAGAUGUUCCCUCCAUUCGGCCUCCCUCGCCCACUUCUUCUCAGCUUCACCUUCUUGCAACCUCCGUCCUCAGGAAGGACUUUCCUGCUGAUCCAUCUGUUCAAGUUCCAGAGGACUGUGUACCGCUCACCACUCCCCCAGAAAUGCCCGAGGUGUCUCCUUCAGAAAGCAACCGGGAUUCUAGAAACUUUUCUGAAAGGGAUACGUCGCAAAACAUGAUGGCGGAUUUGCCUGAAUUAAAGAUCCUCCAAGCCAUAAAGAACCAGAGCGCCAUCCAUCAGAGCGGCUCACCAUCACCCCUCUCAGGGGGGUUCUCCUCACGCCUGUCAGUUCUGGACGCCCAGCUUGCUGCUCUGCAGAACAUCGCAGAUCAUCUGGAGACAGACCUCAUGAAAUCCAGAAUGGUUGUGAAUACUUUGGAAAACCUUUCCUCACCAAAUGUGAAGGCAACAAAGAAAACUGUCAGAAUGUCUCUCCCUCUUCAAGCGUGGCCACAGAGACCUGAUCCAGACCUUUCGGCUGACAUAAAUGCAGCUGAGCUUGAUAAGAAGACCACACAGCAGGUCAAUGAAGACCUGCUUCUCACUGAUGAAGCUGGACCUUCCUCCUUUCACUCGCCACCAGACCACUUUACAGAUCCAGACGAGACAUCUCAUGAGUGGAUGGAUGCUGAUGCUGACCCGAGCCAAUCCGAGUUACUUGAUACAGUCGAAUUGUUAGACGAGCUGCUAAAGGAAGGAUAUUUAUCUCCAACCGACCUUGAUUAUUUUAAAUCUCUGACUCCACAGCACAACGGCAGGCAAGACCUGCAGCAGAGUGACUGGAUGUCAACGGGACGAGCCAUUUCCCCGGAUGACAGGAGUGAGCUGAGGAUGUGGAUGAGAAGGAAACACAGGGAGCAACUGGCUGCAUAUAAGAAACACAGAGCAACUCUGAGGGAGCAGGAACGCAAACCUUACACUGACACUCAAUCCAGGACUAAAGCAGUCUCAUGGAAAACCAGAGGAAACAAACAAAAGCUGCUGGAGCAGUACAACCAGCGCAUGCAGGAGGCUUGGGCUUUGGCAGGUGAAUUCAAUCUUCCUCCCGGAACCCAAGCCAGGGUCCCACGCGCUGAAGGCUCUCAGGUUCUCUCCAAAAAGUGGCCAGCCGCAACACCGCUCAGCAGGCCUCAAAGGGGUCCCAAACAUCUGUCAGGAGAAGCUCUGCCCCACCCACAAACUCCCUGUGUGGAAAGACCGUCUUCAGAGGAUCUCCAAAAACGACUGGGACUUCACCGGCCUGUGACUCUCCUACCAGGGGACCGUCUGUCGCAGGUGACGAGACGCGGCAUGCUCACCAAGACGCCCCCUAAACGUGAGCAGCGAGGAGCUUUUCUGAACCAAACGUACCUCACAGGGGGUGCUGUGGAGAAAAAGAUCCAAGGGGAGCUGCCUAAAGUGGAAGGGAGAAAAGAAGCGGACACUUCAGAACCUCAUAGACCGCAGAGGCUCCAGCAGUCUGAGCUUGUUCUCACAGUGCUCAUGGGUGAGGAGGAGUAUGGUGCCAGUGGAGUUUCGGGGAUGACCUGGCUGGACAAUUUCUCUGAGAGCGCUGACAGCUGCCUCAGUAAAAUAGACUGGGCAGCUGUUGAGAGAAUGGCUGCUGCAGAAGAGGCAGCCAUGGACUCAAAUUCUGUGUCACAAGAAGAAUAAAAUGUCUUGUUAAGUGCCUACACA